UCACCAGGUCUGUAAACAUAGUAACAAAGGACAAGAAUACAAAUAAGAACGAUACGGUUGGUGUUGAGAAAUAAAUAAAAGACAUGGAGGAUCAGAACUCUCAAUCUGUUGGAGUUGACGAUGCUGUAUCACAGUUUGAAAAUUAUGAGGAUUAUUUAGAUUCGCAGAUAACAACUACUGACCUUUUCUAUUUGGAGGAUGAAGAACUGGCUCGACAGCUUGUCGAACUAGGUUACAGAGGAUCAGGCGAAACAUUGAAGCGUGAGGAAUUCAAUAACCGUAAGAAAGCUCUUGCAGAAGCAAUGCUAGCAAAAGAGCAGCAAAAAAAUGCAUUGUCUUCCUUCGUUUUGGAAAUAACGUGUCCAUUUAUUCAAGCUUUAGCUGAGAGGGAAGAUUCUAAUCGGACCGGUGAAAUAUCUACUAUCAUUUUCAUUCGAGACAAGAAUUACCGUGGCCAAGAAAUAUCCGGAUAUAUAGAUUAUGCACAUCGUUUAAAAACGGAAGAUUUUACAGCAUACUUUAAAGAAAAGAAAAAAUUACUCCCAAAACUCGGAGAUCUAAGUUUUUAUAAUUGGGAAACUCAAAAUGUUGUAGCCACUUCAUCGCCAAAUUAUACAGUAAUAACAGAAAGUCCCAAUGGUCUUUUGUUUAAGAAUAAACGUGACAGAAAAAUCUUAAAUGUUGAUCCAAAUGCUGCAUCUCCCGGCGAUAAUUCUACAAAAAUAGUGAUCAAAACUAAUAAAUAUCUUCAAGUUAUUAUCUACGACCAUACAACUAGGAGAGAAACGUGAAUACAUAUUCUUCCAUAUUUUACUUAUCCUGCAUAUAUUGUCUUCUCGGCAAAAGAAUUACUGAAGGAGUUUAACACAAUUUAUCACUUGUUUACAAAAUUGAACGUUGUCUGAAUGAAUCAAUCAUAGUGUUAACAGCUUUGUAUUUAGAAAUUUACUAUUUACUAAUAAUAUUUUUGGAUAUAAUUGCAA